AGCAGUACGCCACAUUCAAAAGGAGUUGGAGGAGGAAAUAAGAUUCCUGAAAGAAACAAAUGCUGAUUUGACUCUGCAGUUGAGCAGAAGUCAGGAAUCGAACAUUGAGCUGGUUUCUGUUCUACACGAGCUCGAAGAGAUGAUCGGCAAGCAGAAACUUGAGUUGGAAAACGUUGCAUUCAUUCAGUCAAAGUUCAGUGAUAUGGAAGAUUCGCUACUAUCAAAUAUAGCAGAAAACAAGAAUCUAAAGACCCAGUUGCAGCAAACCAAGGAAUCAGAGAAGGAUCUGCUAGCUAAGUUGCAACAGAUGGAAAAGGCCUUUGAGGAUGAAAAGCCUAUGAUGGAUGAAAAAGUUGGUUUGGAAAAGAGGCUCUUUGAAUUUGAGAGAGAAUACACAAGUAAAUUAUCAGAAAAGGAGGAAGAAAUUGUCAAUCUAGAGGCCAAGCUAACCAAGACUCUUGAAGAAAAGCAUUCUCAAGAAUCUGCUGACAGAGGUGAUGAGUAUCUAAUUAAAGAAAUUGAGACCCUAAAAGAAAAGGUUCAGGAGCUGGAGACUGACUGCAAUGAGCUUACAGAAGAAAACUUAGACCUAUUAUUCAAGCUAAAGAAAUUGAACAACUGUCUUCACGUUGCAACCGACUGCAGAGAUGGCCAGAAAGAUAAUGUAGUCAAUGGAAUGCUUGUUGCAAAUGAAAAAAGCAAUGAGUGCUUGAAGAUGGAUGCAGAGGACAAAGGUGAAGAAUUUGGUAAGGAGUCGGUUGAGGACGGGAACAAGGAGCGAAAAGUCAAGGAGAUGUUGCUUUUGAAAGAAGAGGAGAUUAAUAACCUGAGAGAAUGCCAUACUAAACUAGAAGCCCUGGUUUCAGAUCUUCAGAAGGAAAAGACUGAGCUAGAGGAGAAGUUGCAAAUUAUGCAAAGAGAGAGUGAGGUAACCGCCAAAUGCCUCACUGACGUGCAAAAUGAUUUGGUGGUUCUAAGUGGCAGCGUGGAUUCCCAUGUUUCCGCCAACAAAAUGCUUGAGCGGGAAUCUUCCGAGAUAGGGCCAGAAAACGUAGCCUUGUCUAUGCGCAUAGCAGAACAGGAAGUCCAACUAAGCUAUCUGAUGGACGAGAUGGAAGCAACCCAGUUGGAGCUGGAGAGAUCGAGAGCACUGUGUGAGAGCCUCGAUGAUGAGAUAUCCAAGCUGAGCUUUUCAAGCAAGAAGCAGAAGACUCAGCUAGAAAAAGAAAUGAAGGAAAUGCAGAACCGCUGGUCAGAGGCUCAGGAAGAAUGUGAUCAUCUUAAAAAAGAAAGAGCACAGUUACAAGCCGAUGUCGAGAGUCUUGCCGAAGAAUGCAACUCUCUUCAGGAAUUAAAUGGAAAGUUAAAGAUGCAGAACGUGGAGCUGCAUGAGGAAUUAAGGAGCUGUCUAAGUGGUUGCUCCACGAAGGUUGAGACAUUAGAAGAAAAUCUCUCUGCCCUGCUUGAUGAUGUCACAGCAAAAGAAAGAACAUUUAAAUCGGAAAUAGAUGCACUUCUUGAUGAAAACCGUGAACAGAAGGAGCGGCUUGCUGUGGGAGAGAGCAUUUUAAAUCAGAUAUAUGCAGACAAAACCACUGAAGUCGAGAACCUCCGGAAGGAGAUUGAACAUUUGACUAAUCAGAUAUCGGAUAUUCAUAAUGAAAGAGAGAGAAUAGUGUCUGAUGCUGCUGAAGAGAUAUCCAAAUUAUGUGCAGAUAAAGCUGAACUGGAACUUGCCCUUUGUGAAACUCGAUCUGAACUGCAAAGGAAAGAUUGUGAAUUGAAUCAAGAGAUAGAACAUUUGACUAAUCAGAUAUCAGAUAUCCAUGAUGAAAGAGAGAGAAUAGUGUCUGAUGCUGCCGAAGAGAUAUCCAAAUUAUGUGCAGAUAAAGCUGAACUGGAACUUGCUCUUCGCGAAACUCAAUCUGAACUGCAAAGGAAAGAUCGUGAGUUGAAUGAGAUGCAAGCACAGUAUGAAAGACAAGUGAAUGACCUGAUAGAGGAACUGUCUGCUUCCCAAGAAGACCGGAAGGCACUGCAGGCUACUGAACAGAGAUUGUCAAAGCUGUUGGAGAAUCACAAAUCGAGGGAAGAGAAAUUAAGAACCAACAUUAAUGAACUUGAGCUGAGGCUUACUGUAUGUGAAUAUGACCGCCAGAGACUCAUGGAUGAAUCCACCAACAUGAAGGCCCAUGUGCAACAAUUCGAGAAUCUACAUGAUCAACUUUCGGUUUUGAAAAUUGAGCUCACUGAAACCAAACGUGAUAAAGAGGGAAGCCAAAGCUUCGCUGCAAUUAGUAUCCAAAGAAUGUACAGACCUGAAGGCUGA